UUAUUUAAUGGGGUCAGUAAAAUUAAACGGCUUUUGGAAAAUAAUUCUUUUGGACGUCGUGAUAACUUUUUAGAACAAUUUGUCGAAACAUUAGGAACUAUUGAAUCCCAAGCAAUUAAAGACAAUUUGGUUUAUGAAAAACUUAUGAGUCCGGUUAAUUUAAGUUAUAUUAAAGGAACGAUUGAUGCCUGUCAUGAAUUAAGCCAAGCAGAAAGAGAAAUCUUAAAAAAUGUUUACACCAAUGAUAACAUUGACGAUAUUAUCAACGAAAAAGAAGCCGCGUUUGUUGGCAUAUUAAAUGAAAGAAAUUUAAAAAUAGAAAGGAAUAAUUUCAUUAAGGCCCACCAUCCAUCUCUUUUUGAUUCAGUGCUUAAUUCUGCCCGAGCAAAAAUAGCAGAAGCUGAGUUAGACAAUUCCCCGCCAGUGAAUAUUACCGAAUUGGAUAGUAAAUUCCAUGAUUACGAAAAUUUGGCUCUGAAUGAAUUAGAAGCCAUUAAAAAUGACCUUAUUGCGGCUAUCAAAAACCGCCGAGCCACAAAAAAAUUGAGCGAAUUGUUGAGCCAGGCUAAAACCUGUGCGGAUAAAAAUUUUGCUUCGUCAACAGUCUCCGAGGAGGAAAAAAAUGCCUACUCCGCUCGCCAAAAUGAGGCCGAAAAUCUCCAACUGGCGGCUGAUGACCCCUGGCAAAAUUUCCCGACAGCCAUUAAAGAACACACCACCCAAGAAGCGAUUGAAAACCAGGAAAAAGAAGCCUAUCAGCAUAUUUUAGCCCAAUUCAAAGCAAAAGUCAAACAAGAAUUAGGAGCCGCCCAAAAGGAUGGGGAAUACUCGCCAAUCGAUGAUAGCCAGAACUUCGUCGCCGUAAAAUCAGCCCGAACCAGCAUUAAGCAAAGCCGGGAAAACUCCGAUUCACCAGACAAUAACGAAAGAGGGAAAAAUCCCGUUGACAACAAUAAAAAUCAAAAAAAUAAAUCCGACUAUUCUCAACUAAUAAUGAUUGCUGUUACGAUUGUGGCCGAAAAUGAUUUUGACUUUUUUGCUCGAGUAAAAGGCAGUGGCCCGCAAAGUCAAGCCGGGGCAAUUAGAUUGGCAUUGGCUCGGGCGCUAUUAAAAGUUUACCCAGAAUACAAAAUUACUUUGAAAAGCUUUUCUCUGCUAACAAGGGAUUCUCGGCGAGUAUGGAGAAAAGUAGUUGGUUCUAAAAAGGCUAACAAAGGCAAAAGAUUUCACAAACUUUAUAGGUUUGAUUUAGAAACUCCGCUUCGUUUUCCUUUCUCAAUUGACAGUGAAAAUUACGUAUAUUCCGAAUAUAAGCGUUUAGAAAUUAAAACUAGCCAAAAUAAGAGUGAAUUUUUUCGUGAUGGCAAAAAUAUUGAUAAACUUCAUUCUCUCAUUGCUAAUUGUAUCGAAAAAGGUCAAGAUUUAACCUUAAAAUUUCGUUCUCCCAAUAGUGCUCAUUUUCGCAAAAACCGUCAAUCUGAACUUCGGAGCCAAGAACAUCAGACAGCCAGAAGGGAAAUUGAACUUCUGAUUAGGCAGAAAAGGGAAAUUCCGAAAGAAGCAUUUGUCAUUGCCCGAGAACACAGUUUUCCUAAAGAAAAAAAUAGCACAGCGGAAAGUCGUUCUACUCAGGCCUUGUUCCAGGCUCCUUUUGGCAUUUUAAUUUAUUUAGAAGGGGGCAAAAAUAUUCCGGCUGAUUUAGUCAAAAAAUUACAAUUAAAAUCUCUAACUCCCGUCUCCUUGCCGAAUUAUUUUCAACCGUUAUAUAGCCUUAAAAUUAAUUUAAAGGGCAAUGACAAUAAUUUAGAAGAAUAUUUACUUACUUAUUUGCCAAACGAAAUUUGA